UUUUUACUCGAUGUAGUUAAUUGCUGUCCUGUUCGGAUUUAGAAAAGGUGCGAUUUUUACCCUAUUUUUGUUGGACCCGUUGGGGAUUAGGACUCGUGUUCUUGCUCUGGAAGUUAGAAAUUGCUUGGGUUAGGCAACUGUUUAGUUCGCGAUCGUUUUGUUACAAAAAAAAAAAAUCCGAACCGGAUCCAACUAUAGAUUGUUAUAGCUUCCUAUUAGAAGAACGUGAUUGGUCUGGUUGUCCUAUAUAUUUUCUUUUCUGGUGAGCCUGGAUAUAGUAGAAUAGAAGGGACACCAGAGAUUUCCUUUUUGUCGACCCUUUGCCUGAGUUCUAGUUUUGCUCCUCCAUCGACAAGGAGCAGAAGCAGACCUUCAGGACGUCAAGCCGCAACUACUAUGGGGUCUCUUACGGAUAGGGAAUGUCCUUGUCCAGGCCGCAUCCUCACUGAUACAGGUUCCGCCUUUGCCAUUGGUGCUGUUGGGGGUUCUUUCUUCCACUUUGUCAAGGGUCUCCGCAAUGCACCUACUGGUGCACGAUUUACUGGUGGCCUGGAGGCUGUGCGCAUGAACGCACCACGUAUUGGUAGCAACUUUGCUGUUUGGGGAGGCCUGUACUCAGUAUGUGAUUGUACUCUCGUGUAUGUGCGUCAGAAGGAGGAUCCCUGGAACUCAAUUCUUUCUGGUGCGGCCACUGGUGGCAUCCUUUCUUUGCGUCAGGGAUUUCGCUCAGUUAUUCGUUCAUCCAUGCAUGGCGCAAUUUUCUUCGCUCUCGUAAAUGGAGCAAUUAUCACGACACAACAAUCUCAACCUCUAUCUACGCCAGUUGAUGUUCCAGCUGUCACCCCUGUGGAGAUAUCUUCUUCUGAAGCAAUCACACCCGUGGAGACAUUUGAAAAGGAAAGUGGAAGAGGGAAUCACAAAUAGAAUUAGCGGCAGCGAGACUGGUAUUUCCGAGACUUAUUAGAAGGAGCCCAGCAUGGCAGUGCCAUCGUUUGAGUAUAAGUAGAUCCAUUGAUGGACAUGGGAUUUUUCUCAGCUGCCAGGGUUUAUUGGCUCAUUGCUCUUUUGUCGCUGUUCCUUUUUAAAAUGUGUACCUGGAUUUGUAUUGGAUUAUUGUUUUUUUUAAUUUAUUAACUUACUAGUAUCGAAACCAAGGGCAGUGUCAGGGAAGGUAGAAUGAUAAUAGUUUCUUGUUAUAUGAAUUCAAUUCAGGUCAUUACAUGA